AUGGGAGUCCUGUAAAACUCUUCUAACAGGGAGGAUUUCUUUCUCCCCUUACAGGAAGAUGUAGACUCUUUUAUGAAGCAGCCUGGAAAUGAGACAGCAGAUGUAGUUCUUAAGAAGUUGGAUGAGCAGUACCAGAAGUAUAAAUUUUUGGAACUUAAUCUUGCUCAAAAGAAAAGGAGGCUAAAAAGUCAGAUUCCUGAAAUUAAACAGACAUUAGAAAUUUUAAAACACAUGCAGAAGAAAAAGGAUUCCACAAAUCCAAUGGAAACCAGAUUUUUAUUGGCAGAUAAUCUCUACUGCAAAGCUUCAGUUCCUCCUACAGAUAAAGUUUGUUUGUGGUUGGGGGCCAACGUGAUGCUUGAAUACGAUAUUGAUGAAGCUCAGGCUCUGUUAGAGAAGAAUUUGUCAACAGCCACAAGAAACCUUGAUCUUCUAGAGGAAGACCUGGAUUUCCUUAGAGAUCAGUUCACCACUACAGAAGUCAAUAUGGCUAGAGUUUAUAACUGGGAUGUAAAGAGAAGAAACAAGCAAGACCCUUCCAAAAACAAAGCAUAGUUUUGCCAAUUUUAAAUGUGGUUUCAAUUUCCAAAUAUUUUUUAUUUAAACACCCCCAAAGUUCAUUCUUAAGGGACUGAGUUACUUAAAGCAUUUCAGUCAAUGGUAAAAUAUAUAAAAACUAAUGGUGAGCACCAUUUUAUUUAUUUGUAACCUCAAAAUUUGGUUUCAUGCAUGCUUCAUGAAAUGAAUUAUUUGAAAAGGCACCACACAGUCCAGCAAAGGACUCGGGUAUUUUGAUCAGACCAGUCUGUCUUAAAUAAAUUUCUACCUGAAAGCUCGUCUGAAAAGUUGAGGGACAUGUAUGAAAUGGAGUGUGACAUCUCAGCAGGUGAAGGGGCUGCAGGGGUUUACUCUUUCAUCUCUGUGCAGCU